GGGCGGGCACGGCCAGCUGAGUGACGGCUCCCGCGAGCCGGCGCCGCAGAAGCACCCGGCUCCUGGGCCCGCGCAGGGGCCGCAGCGCCCAGCCCGACGGCGCCCGCUCGCUCCCCGGUUCGCCCGGCCGGCCGACCCUGCCGCGACCAAACGGGAGCUGCCUCCGGCUAAAGCCUUUGAGAUGAAAGAAAAUCAUCUCCACAUUUCCAGCACAAAUUAGAAUUCUGCAGAGAAGACAUCUGGAGAAGCUGGCGUCUCGAGCACCAUGGAUCAGUGCACUAUGCCUUAGGGCCCCGUGGGCCACCCCAGAGGACUCAGUCCUGGCGGCCAGCGGCUCCCAAGGUGCUCGCAUGCGCUCGCUGGGCUCCCACUCGGCCUCAGACUCCCGCUGACGCAUCUGGGAACCCCGACCACCGGCCUCCCCGCCCGGCCUCCUCCCUGGCAGCUCACCUGAGCCAUGGAGGCCCGCGAGGUCCCCGUGGGCUCGCUGAUUGACUUCGGGGCUGAGCCGUCUGCCUCCUCGCCCCUGGAGGCGCGGCCCCCAAAGCUGCAGGAUGGGGACAGCUCCCCGGGCGAGGGCGCAUCAGAGAGCGAGACCACGGAGUCCGCGGACAGCGAGAAUGACAUGGGCGAGUCGCCCUCGCACCCGUCCUGGGGCCAGUACCGCCGCUCCUCCUCCAACGAGUCCUUCUCCUCCAACCAGAGCGCCGACUUGGCCAAGGACGAGGAGCCGCUGGAGCUCCGGGAGUUCAUGCGCGGCUACGUGGAGAAGAUCUUCUCCGGAGGGGAGGACUUGGACCAGGAGGAGAAAGCCAAGUUCGGAGAGUACUGCGGCAGUGAGAACGGGAAAGGCCGGGAAUGGUUUGCCCGGUACGUGAGCGCCCAGCGCUGCAACUCCAAGUGCGUCUCGGAGCCCACCUUCUACCGCCUGGUGCAGUCCUUCGCGGUGGUCUUGUUCGAGUGUCACCAGAUGGACGACUUCGGGCCGGCCAAGAACCUCAUGACCAUGUGCUUCACCUACUACCACAUCGGUAAACCGCACCUGCUCCCCUCUGAGUCCAAGGAGAAGCCGGCUGGGAGCAUCGACUUCUACUUGAGGUCAGCCAACAGCUGGUUGGCAGAGAAGAAGGACAUCGCCGAGCGGCUGCUGAAGAACACGUCGGCCAAGACAGAGAAUGUCAAGGGCUUCUUCGGGCUGGAGUCCAAGCCCAGGGAGCCCCUGGCCAGGAGAAGCGAGGAGGAAGAGGACAAGCCCCAGGAGAAGCCGCGGAAGACAGUGACUGUGUGCAGCCCCGAGGAGGAGAGGAAGGGGGAGAAAAUCUACCUGUACACGCACCUGAAGCAGCAGCCCAUCUGGCACACACUGAGGUUCUGGAACGCGGCCUUUUUCGACGCUGUCCACUGUGAGAGGAGAAAGCGGUCUCCCACGACCAGGGAGCGGUGGUGCCACAUGACCCAGGAGGAGCGGGAUGACAGCCUGCGAUUCAACGAGAACAUCACCUUCGGGCAGCUGGGCACGUUCACGCACAACAUGCUGGCGUUCGGGCUGAACAAGAAGCUGUGCAAUGACUUCCUCAAGAAGCAGGCGGUGAUUGGCAACCUGGACGAGGAGCAGUACAAGCUGCUGAGCGACCACAUCGAGCAGAUGGCCGCCGAGUAGGCCGUGGGAGGUGCCUGAGGCUCCCCCAGGAGGACUGUGGGUGUGCGCCUCCUUCCCGGGCCUGCGGCUGAAUGUCAACCCCCCUGCAUGACAUGGGCAGCACCCAGAGCCGCCCCGCGCCGCCUUAGAACCAGCAGUUAGAAGAACCUGGUUGCCCGUCCUCCCUGCCUCCCCUCUGCCUGUGUCUGCUCCCCUACCCACGUGCCAAAGUGUCCCUGGGAUUACACAGCUACAACCAAGGUGACUGUCCGUACCCCCGAGCGUGAGGCCCGUGAUGUGGGCCCACGGGGGCGCAGGAGGGAGGAUGCUGGGUCCAGGGCGGGCACGGUGUCAUCGUAGCCUCCUGCGGGGGGGGGGCGGCACCCAGGGGAAGGUAGGGGAAGGUGGCUGUGAGCUGACACACGCCAGUGACAGGGCAGUUCCAAGUGAUGCUCUGGGGCCCUCCCACAGUGGGGUUCCUGCGGAGCGGGGGCAAGCAGAGGGGCAGGCGCCUCUGAGCGUUGGUCCACGGCUGCUGCUGGCUCUUUCCCGGGUCCCGUCUCCAUGCGACAGGGGCUGGAGUCCCAGGAAGCUCCAGGAAGAGAGAGACACCCCCUGUUUCGGGGCGGGAGAGAGACCGCGGCAGAGGACGUGCUUUCCCGGAUGCAGGAGGCCUGGCCACAGUCCAGGGCGUGAGCGCCCGGAGACGGCUCGGCUCUGGGUGGCUGUGUUGGACGCACGCGACACUGAGGUUUCUAUGUCAGGCCACCUGAGAUGUUCCCCGUCCGCUGACAGCUUUCUUCUGGAGUAGAGAAACUUCCGCCCUUCGCUCCCUGGGAGCAGCUUGGGGCCGUGUGUCCCGUGACAAAGCACAGAAAAGAGAAGCCCCUUCCGCAGCUUCCAGACACCCACCCUUUCUAAAAACAAACAGUGCUGCUCUUUAUUUCACAAAAGACAGAAGAAUCUGUGUCAGUGUUCCAGGCGUGGUGGCAGAGGCGGCUCCCGGUGGUGACUGUGCGAGGCUGGGGAGCAGGGGUGUCCGAGCGUCGGGCCCUCCACCCCGGCCACCUGGGAGGCCCGGACCUUCUGCUGCCCGAGCCCUCAGACCGCUUUCCUGCAGAAUCUGCAGACACCCCCUCGCCGUCUCAUAUCCGGUGCAGGAACCACGGCUCUUCCCCCAAGUCUGUACCAGGCACAGCCAACCAGCCCGAGGGACUGUGGUCUGGCCUCCACACGCCGGCUGCCCUGGCCAGCCCGGCUCCCCCUGUCCCUGCCCUGGCUCGUGGGCGCUGACCUUGAUGAGGCCAGUGGGGCUGUGUCCUUCCUGCUUUGGUCCUCCGUCCUGUGUUCCUGCUCCACCUCCUCCAGCACGUCAGACACACGUCUGAUACCCAGCCCUCCAGCCGGAGCUCCAAGGUUUCCCUCGUGGGGGAUGCCUCCCCGGAAGGUACCAGAUGCGUUGCUUGAGCUGAGGAACGCCCAUCUUGGUGACUGUAAGGGAGGCGAUGGGAAAUACGGCAGGACCUGAGUGCGCUGGUGUGAGAUGUUCCCCCAGGAGGCCUGGGGGCUGGGGCUUCAGAAACCCUGCUGUUCUCACGAUGGCAUGCGCUCCUGUGUGUGUGUGUGUGUGUGUGUGUGUGUGUGUGUGUGUGUGUGUGUUGGCAGCCUCUCUGGCCAUGUCACUAAACAAAGCAUAGCUGUGUCACCAGUUUGCCUGUCCUGUGCAAGGGCAGGUCACACAGGCCGGAGCCCCCCCCACCCAACGCUGGGCCCAGUGAUAGGACGUGUCUCUACUGAAUGCACUUCAGAGAAACAGCGUCCAGCUGACGGGGGUGCGGGCCCCUCCUCCCCUGCCUCCUGCAGGCAGUGCAGCCGCUCCUAAGACCCCUGGAUGCGCUGUGCUCCCCCAUCCCCAUAAAACCAGGGCCACGUGCCCUUGCAGGGCUCUUCCCUGCCCUGGCUGUGUCACUGGCUUUCGUAGUCUUUUCUUAGUGGCUAGUUGAAAUGCGUUAAGACUUUAUUCUAAGGUGCCCAAAAGACUUAUCCUUGUAUAUAUAAGACUUUUGUAUGGAAGUUUGAUGCCAUCUGAUUUCUAGACGAAGACAGUACGUUCUGGGUCUUUCCAGGGGUGCUGGGUAGCAGGCGGCUCUUUCCCUCCCCACCCCAGGGGGUGGGGGUGGGAAGGGAGGGGCCCCACAGCCUUGGAAGGAAAUGCAGCUUUGACUUCUUUGGGCUUGUCCAAGCACUUUAACUUCAAGAUGAUCUUGAGACUUUUUUUUUGUCCCACGUAGGCCUCCUGAAAUAGCAGUUGAAGGCAGAAGCAAGGGUUGCUUUGUUUUUUUCUCCCCUCCCCUUGUUCAUAUAGACGUAGCUCCUAAGAGUGGAGUAAGUCUGACCCCGGAAGGGCUGCCUGUCACGCUUAGCCCCACGAGGGGACCCUGCCAGAGUCCGCCGCCUCGCAGAGUGACUAAUGUCGGGGUGGCGCGGAGGCUGCUCUGCUGUGUCCUGGUAGCAGCUGCAUUUGGCUGAGCAUUUCACCUCAGGGGGUCUGGCCAGUGUCACCUCGAGGGGCCUGGCAGCCCCAGCAGAAGCCGGCAGCGUGCUUCCCAGACACGUCCUGUCUCUGUGACACCGUCUUCCCCCUGAGGCCCGGCCGGAGCAGACAGACACGGGACAGGCUCUCGGGCCCCCGCGCGCUGAGACGUCUCACCCCGCGGUGCACACCGGAGGCUUUGCAGAAAGAAUUCUCGUGGCCCUGCCUGAAAGGUCAGGACCCUUGGACUCAGGACCGGAAGCCUUGGGUUGUAGCCACAAGGACAGUUUCCGGGCCCGGCAGGUUCAGGGUCCCAAGCCGGGCGCUUCGAAGGCCUGCAUCAGCAGUGGCAGCUCAGGUCUCCUGCUGUCUGCCCUUCAGGGCUCGUGAAUCGUAAUGGGCCCCAAACAGCGGAUUCUCCCAAGCAGAAAGUGCCCUGCUUGGAACAGGGUGAUGCUGCCAUGUGGCUUCGUAUGUCUCCGGCCUUUGUUAGCUUUAGCAAUAUCGACAGAUGUUUGAGGGGCCGUGCUCAUAUUCAGAUUGUCUGCUGUGUGUGCGCGUUUAACCAAAGGCAGGAGAACCCAGUUCUGGUAGCGUAAGUUAGUCGUACAGUGAAAUGGAGUAGACCGUAAUUUUCCUAUUGCCAAAAGAAAAAAAAAGGCAGGCCAAGGAGUUCUUAAGUUACCAAAAGGAGGACCAGAAAGAGAGUCCAGUUCCUGAGUUUUGUGCUCCAGUGAAACCUGGGACCAGCAGGGUCACAGGUGAGCCCCAUGCUGGGUUGAGGACGGAGACCGGGACCGGAGUCAGAGGUGCCACCUGACCUUUCUCUUUCCUCCUUCCCGGGAGUUGCAACCAAUGGAGCCCUACUCACCUCUUCCUGCCCAGUUAGACAGGGACGUUCAUUGCUGUGGAGAGAAGGUGGCAGCCUUGAGGGUCGCUCUUCCGUGGGCUGUUUUAAGUGGGUUAAUUUAUCACCCGGAGCACCUGGUAUCGCAGCCUCCCGCUGUGAGAAGCGCAGCAUUCACAGCACAGGAGGGUUUGUAAGGGGUUUUGGUGGACCCAGGUGACUGUGACCAGCCGUCAGGGCCGCAGCUACGAGCCUGACCUUCCUGGGCAUUACCACACUCUUGACUAGUUGGCUUUUCAAUGAGGGAGGAUCCCAGCAGGCCCGUGUGGUUAGAUCAGCUGUUUGGCCAAAUGACCUACAACUUGAGACCACCGGGCAGGGGCCUGAGUCAUUUGCCAGAACAGUGGGGAGCUUGGGAACUGGGGGGAAAAGGGCCCAACCCCAGCCUCGGGGGAGGGGUAGCACCCGGGCGGCCCAGGCCCGUCACCCCGCUGGCCACCCGCUUCCUCAGCCACAGAUGGAGCUGAGGGCUUGGGGGCCCACAGCCCCUCGGCCCCAGGGUUCUUCUUGCUCCCCCAUCCCCAGCCUUUUAGCUCCCUUGAACCACUGCUCCUGUCACUCAGCUGUCUCCCCCCAUCUUCCUGUAAAUCAUUGAUUUCCUUUUUAUGACUCUCGAGGGUGAGUUUCGCUUGAAAAACUUUUGGCUCUUCCAUCAAACGGGGGAAUGGCAUUGUUGACAAGUGCCCCUCACUGGCUGGUGUGCAACAUUCAGACCUGGUCUGGAGCCGGGCCUUCCUCGAGCCACAUGUCCCAGUGUGUGCCUUGUCACCGUAUGGCCAGGAGCAGGCCUGUGUGGGUUCUCCAGGUAACAGACGGAGGGAGUGUUUCCAGAUGGUUCCCACCCAGGAGUACCCUUAACACCAAGACCCCCCCUUGGCAGCGGGCUCCCCGGGCCUUGUUCUGCCGCCAUCUCCCUGCGGUCCCUCCCAAGCAAGCAUCUCGGGCAGCCGGGCUGCCUUGUCCCUGGGUGGUCUGGCGCUGGCCUAUGUCUCCAAGUCGGCCGGUCUGUCUGAGCUUGAGAUGAGGGAGGGGCUGGGGUGGGCACCCAUGGGCACCCACCCUCCCCCGGCUGUGUCCCCAGGACUCAAGGGGGCACUGCUCCCACUCUGGAGCUCUUGGUUACCACUGGAGAAGGAAAAGCGCAUCAUAUCCAGGAGAGUCAAGGUGGUCUGGGUUUGCCCAUCUUCCCGCCACUUCCUGCAGGACCUCUGUGCAGCCGCGGGUGACCCCGCAUCCGGGCUUGUCCUGCAGUGUCAGACCCGGGUGCUGGUGCCCUCCUGAGUGGCACUGAGGGAUGCGCUGAGCUGGAGGAGGGCUCCUGCCCGUGAUGCCCGUCAGACCUGGGGGCUGCACCUCUCCCCGCCUUGGUCCUGGAUGGUGCGCUCGGGAAAAUGAACGUGCUCAGCGCUCAUGGGCCCCACGUGUGGGCCCUGAUCUGUCCCGGUGCUGGAGGCCUAGGGUCUCGUGGUCGCCUUGAGAAGGAUGGGCCAGCUAUCUGAACAGUAGGAAAUGCUCGAGCUCAAGCAGCAAGCACCUCCCCUCAAAUCAUGUCAGCGUCAGAGCUUUGUGGUUCUAAGUGGCCUCUGGGGCUUCAGCAGGGUCUCCCACAUGCAUUCCCUGCUUCUCUCCCACCCGUUGGUCUUGGACCUGAACUUGCCAUGUCCACACCUGCACGUCGCCCUUAGUGGUCCAGAAGUUGGAGUCAGUGCUGCAGGUAUGUUACGUGUACAGUUAUGCAAUUUUGUGUCCACGAGAUGAUGUUCUACAAGCUAUAUUUUCAGGUGGAGAAAGUUUCAAGGUUGAGCUCUUAGAACAGUGUUAAAAUCAAAGCUGUUUCCUGUGAAGAAAAAAAAAUGUCUACAUAUUAAUAGCACCUCAGAUUGUCAGAAGGUGGAAACUGAAAUAAAUUAUCUUAAAAAAAGAA